UCCCUCCUUUUCUGAAAUCAAACUAUAGAAAGACAGAAAGAGAGAGAAGGGACACCACCAUAAUUCGACAAACACAAACCUUAAUAGCGCACUACAAGAGUGAGAAACAAUGGCGAUUGCAAGAACUGGUGUUUACGUCGAUGAUUAUUUGGAAUAUGCCAGUACCUUGCCUGCUGAGCUUCAAAGGCUUCUCAAUACAAUCCGCGAGCUUGAUGAACGUUCCCAGGGAAUGAUAAAUCAGACGAGGCAACAAACGAAGUAUUGUUUAGGGAUUUCGGGCCAGAGCUCAAAAAAAGGGUAUAAUGGUGAAGAUGAUGAUGUUGGACUUGACAAAUUGCGGAAAGAUAUAGAAGCGACUCAGGAUAAUGCGUUAAGCCUUUGUACCGAGAAGGUUUUACUCGCUCGACAAGCUCAUGAUCUUAUAGAUAGUCAUAUAAAGCGCCUAGAUGAAGACCUGAACUACUUUGCUGAAGAUCUAAAGCAAGAGGGAAAGUUACCACCGGAUGAGCCUGCCAUUCUUCCACCCCUUCCCAUACUUACAGCACCAAAAUCUGAAAAGCAGCGAAGUGCAUAUGGAACACCUCAAUCAAGGCGUUUUAGUUACAGAGACAGGGAUUGGGACCGUGAGCGAGAUAAAGAUUCAGAGCUAAUGCCACCUCCUGGUAGCCACAAAAAGGAAUUCCCUGUCCCUGUUGAUACUGAUCAGCCUAUUGAUCCAAAUGAACCAAUCUACUGCGUUUGUCAUCAGGUAUCCUUUGGGGAUAUGAUAGCAUGUGACAAUGAGAGUUGUCAAGGAGGAGAGUGGUUCCAUUAUGCGUGUGUUGGACUGACCCCAGAAACGAGAUUCAAAGGGAAAUGGUACUGUCCAACUUGCAGCCCUCAGUUUCGGAACUGAAUCACUUUACUGUAUAAAUCAACUCAAAAGCCAGGGUGGAUCAGCAUAGUAUCAUUCAGUUCAAGAUUCAGAAGUUAUUUUCUAUAUUUUGCCUCAGCAAAGCGAUUCAAUUUAACUGCCAUCGGAUUAUCAAUUUUUUGAGUCACAUUUUGGGUGGGACUAGCAACUUGAAGCCUUUGCUGCUAUUACGAGCUGUCUAAUAUUUUUUUUAGGAAUUACAACUUUCCGAGAUUGAUUUGGCUGUUAUGUGCAUUGUAAAUAUGACCUUAACAGUUUGUAAUUCCUCUGGGUAUCAUAAAUUCCUUGUCAAUGGUAUGAUAAUUUCCUUUGUUAAGCCAGAAUGUGGAUUAAUCUGCAGACAGCAGCAGUGUAUGAUACUCUACAACUUGUAUAUUUUUGUCUAGUGAUAUAUCGUUUAUGUGAUUUAUUUUUUAAAA